CUUCUUUCCUUUUGCAUAUCGGUCUAUUAUGAUUACCGACUGAUAUAAUGUUAAAGUAAUGCUGCCUAAUUUCUACAGACUGUUCGUAGUGGCGAAAAUUGAGUCGUUUGUAUUUGUACUCGUAAAGCAGUGUCGAAUGUGCGGUCGGAUCGUUAAAUGCAUAGACUUUUCGAUGCAUCGGAACGUGAUAAGCGUUGUUCUUCGAGUGUUGUGAGUGUGCAUAUUGAGGGAGGUAGGGCUUCGUUGUCAUCCUCCCGGCGAGAAAAGAAAAGCGGUUCUGCCUCUGGAAGAUGGAAAGUCGCGUGCUUGGAGGACCGGCGACGGAAGAGACGACAGUGGCGGUGACCACAACGUGCGGCAUCGGAACACCUUCUCCAGUACCAACAGCGUCGAUCAACGCAGUUCCUGGUGUCGGUGGUACCGGCACUCUUACUUCGGCCACUUGUACCAUCCAGAAUCCUGCGGUCGUUGUGGCGAGCCCGCCGACCAAGCAUCAACAAUCCGCUGCCGUGCUCUCCACUGUCCCCGCUAUCCCUACUGUCCCCACUGUCUCCGCUGUCAGCACUGUCAACGCCUCUGUACCGAAGAUACUCAGCAGAAACGUCAACGGCACGCUGGUGCAGACGUCCGUACCUCAGAAUGAAGCAGAACUGCAGCUGUACAGAGUCAUGCAGCGUGCGUCUCUUUUGGGCUACUACGAUACCCUUUUAGAAAUGGGUGGUGAUGACGUGCAACAAUUAUGCGAUGCUGGAGAAGAAGAAUUUCUAGAAAUUAUGGCAUUAGUUGGUAUGGCGAGUAAACCCCUUCACGUUAGAAGACUUCAGAAAGCUCUCCAGGAAUGGCUUACGAAUCCUUCACUUUUUCAGACACCAGUCGUAUCAACAAGUGCUACAUGUAAAAAUCCUGCAAGCAUAGGUUUCCCUUGUGCUAGUCCCAGACCACAAGUACAAAAUCUUCAAGGUUUUACAACAACCUCGCAAACAGCAACACCAACACCAUAUGUCUCGUCACACGUAUCUUUAACACCAUUGCCAUGUAGAAGUACCAGUCCUGUUGUAUCGGUUACAAGUGUGACAGCAUCAGUUGCCUCAACGACUUUUCGUCAAAGCCCGAGUCCUAAUACGCCUCUACCAUAUACAACUUCUCAUAGCCCUGGUGUAUUACAGGUAGGAACAUGCGAAUCAUCUUGUGGCAGUGGUACAACGCCAAGUCCUAGCGGUGGUGGUGGUGCACCUGCAAGUCCAACGCAGCCAACUCCGACUCUUCUACAAUCUCAAAUACAAAGACUUGCAGAAGCAGCUGAGAGACUUGCUGCUACCAUUCGACCUGUUGACCCAAAACCUCAUAAUGUGAAAAAGAAAAUUUGUAAAAAUUUAGAGAUGGUAAUGGCUAUGCCUGAUAGUGAUCCACGCAGAAUGGAAGAAAUUCGAAAAUAUGCAGCAAUUUAUGGAAGAUUUGACUGUAAAAGGAAACCAGAGAAACCACUGACAUUACAUGAAGUGUCAGUAAACGAAGCUGCUGCACAAAUUUGCAGGUUCGUACCUGCCCUUCUUACUAGAAGAGACGAACUUUUUCCUUUGGCCCGCCGUAUUGUGAGAGAUUCUGGGUAUCAUUAUUCAAAAAGUCAUUACUUAUCCGUAUCAAGGCUACGUGAAAACGGCGAAGAAAACGAAACCGAGCGUACAAAACGGCAGAAGCUCGAGCUCGAGGGUGAGAAUGAAGAUGCGACGCAGGAGGAGUUGGACCUUCGCUGUUCUGAAAUGGAUAUUAAUAACUCGACGCGCAGAAGGCAUAGAUCGUCGAGUCCAGUUUGGAGGAAGAAGAAUAACAAUGGUAUGUUCAGUGCAAGUAUGGAAGACAUUAGUGACUCUGACAGUCAACUUUCAUUUUCUAAUGAAGAAUCUUCAUCCAUACAUGACACUAAUGAAGCAGAAGCAGAUAAUACAGAUAAAGAAAGUGAUUUCAAUCUUAAGGUAAUAGCCUCACGCGGAGAUAAUAUUAUUGCAGUGGCGAAUCCUGCACUGAUGGAAUGCAAUCAUCCUAUAAAAGAAGAACCAACGGAUGAAAAACCUACACUGUGAUAUUGUUACAGAAUGUAUUAUUAUGUUGAAAUCAUUCCAACGAACACAUUUCAACUUGCGCAUUACAAUUAGUAUUAUUAUUACCCAUAUUUGAUCGUUGUCACGUUAUUUAGUAUUAUCAUACAUACGUCAAUUCACGAGAAAAAUUGUAAAACAAUUUGUUCAUUAAGAAUUACUUUUACCAUCGGAAUUGUUUUUGUAAAAUUUACAGGAUUACGUUAAUACAGAACGAUUCAUUGCAUAAUUUUAAUAAAAUCUAACACAUUUAAAACUAUAAAGGUAACUUUGAAUAUUGUGAAUACUAAACUUGUUUAAAUUAAAAUGAAGCACACACUGACUGAAAUAUAGUCACAUAUUGUACAACAGUAAAAUUUGUAAAUAUACAAAGAACAUUUUUUAUCGUACGUAUUGGAUUUUUAAAGCAAUUUACACAUUGUUGUCUAACUAGUAUAAAAUCAAUAAAU